AGACGACCUUUGGGAUCGCACAGAGUUUCCAAAAUGGCGGCGCCGUUGGCGGUAAUUUCAGUUGCUAGUUUAUGGGGGCCCUACAAAGACCUUUGGCAGACUGUGGUUAAUGCAAUAUGGAAAAGACAGCCAGAAGCGAUACACCUUCUUGAUCAGGUUUUAAAGAAACACAAACCUGAUUUUAUAUCACUCUUCAGAAAUCCGCCAAAAAAUGCUCAACAGCAUGAAAAGAUUCAGAAAGCAAGUACUGAAGGAGUCGCUAUCCAGGGCCAACAGGGAACUAGACUAUUACCAGAGCAGCUCAUCAGAGAGGCCUUUAUUCUAAGCAAUCUUUUUGAUAUUGGGGAACUGGCAGCUGUGGAACUCCUCCUGGCUGGAGAGCACCAGCAGCCUUAUUUUCCUGGCCUAACAAGGGGCUUAGUGGCUGUUCUCUUAUACUGGGACGGGAAAAGAUGUAUUGCAAAUUCUUUGCGAACGCUUAUCCAGUCUCGGCGAGGCAAGACAUGGACAUUGGAGCUCAGUCCUGAGCUGGUAUCUAUAACAACACAUUUCACAGAUGAGCUGAUGGAGCAGGGUUUAACUCACAAAAUUCUAACUUUGGUGUCUCAAAUUGAUCUGAAUACUGAGUUUGAGAAAUUGCAAAGAGAGCGGGGGCUUGGCAGUGAGAAACACCGCAAGGAGGUUGCUGAUCUCAUCAAGGAGUGUCGACUGUCAUUGGCAGAGAGCCUGUUUGUUUGGACUUGUCAGUCACCACUGAGCAGGGAUGAUACUUUAAUCCUUAUUACUUACUUAGAGAAAGUGACUGUGGAAGCUGAUGGCUCAUUAGACAAUGUGAACUUGGCAUUGCUCAUGGCUCUUCUCUACAGCUUUGAUGUUGGCUGUGUAGAACAGGGCGCUGAAGAUCGAGAAGAGCUGAUGCAGUUGCCACUGCUCACAGACAGACAAUACAUAGCCGCAGUCCACACACGCCUUCAGGAAUCUCAGCCUUGGAAGCUACCAGGACUUCAGGCUACUGUUAGAUUAGCCUGGGCUCUUGCAUUGCGUGGAAUUUCACAGCUCUCUGAUGUGACAGCAUUUGCAGAAUUCACUGAGGCAGAUGAAGCAAUGGCGGAGUUAGCAAUUGCAGACAAUGUUUUUCUGUUCCUUACUGAAUCUGUGAUGAGAGCUGAAAACUUUUACCAGGAGGAAUUUUACAUACGCAGAAUCCAUGAUCUUAUCACAGGCUUUCUUGCUGUCAUGCCAAUGAAAGUGAAACAGUUGCGGAACCGAGCUGAUGAAGACGCUCGCAUGAUCCACAUGAGCAUACAGAUGGGUAAUGAACCACCUCUUCCUCUUAGACGGGAUCUGGAGCACCUGAUGCUUUCAAUUGCUGAGUUGUACAAGAAGGAUCCCUUUAAUCUGGAACUUGCUCUUGAGUACUGGUGUCCUUCAGAGCCUCUGCAGAGCUCCGCUAUCAUGGGAUCCUAUAUUGGGAUAACUCAUCAGAGACCACCUCAGCGUCAGGUUGUUUUGUCUAAAUUUGUUAGGCAAAUGGGUGACCUCCUUCCAUCCACAAUUUACAUUCCUUAUCUGAAAAUGCUCCAAGGAUUGGCCAGUGGACCCCAGUGUGCUCAUUACUGCUUUACUUUGCUGAAGGUUAAUGGCAGCAGCCAUGCUGAAAACAUCCAAGGAGCAGGUGGCAGUCCUGUCUCCUGGGAGCAUUUCUUCCACUCUUUGAUGCUGUAUCAUGAACACUUAAGGAAGGAUUUGCCAAGCGCAGAUAGCAUUCAGUACCGUCACCUCCCUCUCAGAGGUAUCACCCAGAAGGAACAAGAUGGAUUGAUUGCCUUUCUGGAGCUUACAAGUACUAUAGUGAAAUGGAGUGAGAAUGCUCGCUUGGCUCUGUGUGAACAUCCUCAGUGGACACCAGUGGUAGUCAUUUUGGGCCUUCUGCAGUGUAGCAUCCCUCCCAUCUUGAAGGCAAAGUUAUUAGAUACUCUUACAAGUUUUGGGAAAUCUCCUGAAAUUGCUGCUUCCCUCUGGCAAUCCUUAGAGUAUACACAGGUACUGCAGACUGUAAGAGUUCCAAGUCAGAGGCAAGCAAUUGGUAUUGAGGUUGAAUUGAAUGAGAUUGAAUCCCGUUGUGAGGAAUAUCCUUUAACUAUAGCCUUCUGCCGGUUCAUUAGCACACUGGUAGAAAGCUCAUUUCCUUCUAACCUGGGGGCUGGAUUGCGUCCUCCAGGCUUUGAUCCCUAUCUGCAAUUUUUGAGAGACUCUGUGUUUCUUCGUUUUCGUACAAGAGCCUACCGUAGAGCUGCUGAAAAGUGGGAAGUAGCUGAGGCUGUUCUGGAGGUGUUUUACAAAUUGCUGAGAGAUUAUGAACCUCAGCUUGAAGAUUUUGUGGACCAAUAUCUGGAGUUACAAGGAGAAGAAGUCAUAGCGUAUAAACCACCUGGAUUUAAUCUGAUGUAUCAUCUACUGAAUGAAUCACCAAUGCUGGAACUGUGUCUCAGCCUGCUGGAAGAAGGGGUUAAACAACUAGAUACAUAUGCCCCUUUCCCUGGAAAGAAGCACUUAGAGAAAUCAGUACAGUACUGCCUUGGGCUGCUUAAUCUGACUCUACAGAAAGAGAAUGUCUUCAUGAACUACUUAAGGGAAAGCCAUCUGUCCCUGAUUGUUGCAUCUCUAGAGCAACUGCUGCAAGGAAUCAACCCUCGAACUAAAAAGGCAGACCAUGUGGUCAAUAUUGCCAGGUACCUCUAUCAUGGCACUACCAAUCCUGAGCUGGCUUUCGAAAGUUCUAGGAUCCUGUGUUGCAUUUCUUGCAGUGCUAACAUUCAGGUCAAACUAAUUGGAGACUUCACACAAGACCAGAGUAUUAGCCAGAAAUUGAUGGCUGGGUUUGUGGAGUGUUUGGACAGUGAAACUGCAGAAGAAAUCAUUAAUCCUGUGGAAGAACUUGAACCUGAAAGAAAGCGAGUCCAGAUCUACCAUGAAACAAGGAUCAACAUCUUGAACCUUCUAAUCACUUCUCUGGAGUGCAGCCCACCCAAUCUGGCAUUGUAUCUUCUGGGUUAUGAACUCAAGAAGCCUGUCAGCACCACAAACUUGCAAGAUGCAGGUGUUUUAGGUUGCCCUCGUACUUGUCUUCAUGCAAUAUUGAACAUACUGGAAAAAGGUUCUAAAACCAGGUCUGGUCCCACAGCAGUUCAAGAAUCUCCUCAUCUGGCAGAGCUGUGUUAUCAGAUGAUUUAUCAGUUGUGUGCCUGCUCUGAUACUUCGGGACCAACCAUGAGAUAUUUAAGGACCAGCCAGGAUUUCUUAUUCUCUCAGUUACAGCAUUUACCAUUUUCUGUUAAAGAGCAUGAGAUUCCAGCCUUGAAUCAGAUGUCAUGGUUAAUGAAGACUGCAUCUAUAGAACUGCGUGUAACAUCCCUGAACCGCCAGCGUUCUCACACACACAGACUCCUGCACCUCCUCUUAGAUGACAUGCCAGUGAAACAUUACUUAGCUGAAGGUGAAGGAGGAACAGAAGAUGAAAGUCGGUCUGUCACUGGCUUUCUUCACUUUGACACUGCUUCUAAAGUACGCAGGAAGAUCUUGAGCAUCCUGGACUCAAUUGACUUUAGUCAGGAGAUCCCAGAACCUUUGCAACUGGAUUUUUUUGACCGGGCUCAAAUUGAGCAAGUCAUUGCCAAUUGUGAGAACAAGAGUGCACGUGGGCCAGUCAUCUGCAACGUCAAGCAUGUUCACAAAGUUCUGAUUGCUGAAGUUAAUGCCUUGCAAGGAAUGGCAGCCCUUGGACAGAGACCUUUGCUCAUGGAGGAAAUCAACACAAUUCUUCAAUAUGUUGUGGAACGGAAUAAGCUUCUUCAGUGUCUCUAUGCGAAGCGACAUGCUCUGGAGUCUUGGAGGCAGCUGGUGGAAAUCAUAUUGACUGCCUGCCCACAGGACCUUAUUCAGCCUGAAGAAAGGCAGCUCAUUAUUCGUGACCUCUUACAAGAUGUGCAUGACAAAAUCCUGGAUGAUGACGCUGCUCAGGAAUUAAUGCCUGUUGUGGCAGGAGCUGUGUUCACUUUGACUGCCCACCUAAGUCAGUCUGUGCGAACAGAGCAAAAGCAACUGCUGGCUGAACCUAUACCUGGACACUCUCAGUUUGUCUUGAUGCUGGACGGUUCUUUCACAUCACCACUUGGCUCUGAAGGCAUGGCUGUGGGAUUCGCUUCCAUUGGAGAUUCUUCUCUCCAUAUCAUCUUGAAAAAAAUUCUGGAUUUUAUACUGAAAACAGGUGGUGGGUUCCAGCGGGUGAGAACACAUCUGUAUGGAUCACUGCUCUACUAUUUACAGAUUGCUCAGAGACCAGAUGAACCAGACACUUUGGAAGCAGCCAAGAAGACUAUGUGGGAGCGUCUAACAGCACCUGAAGAUGCUUUCAGUAAAUUGCAGCGAGAAAAUAUGGCAAUUAUUGAAAGCUAUGGUUCUGCCCUCAUGGAGGUUGUUUGCCGAGAUGCCUGUGACGGCCAUGAGAUAGGGCGGAUGCUUGCUCUGGCCUUACUUGAUCGCAUUGUCUCUGUGGAUAAGCAGCAACAGUGGCUGGUGUAUCUCUCCAACAGUGGCUACCUGAAAGUGCUUGUGGACAGCCUAGCAGAUGAUGACCUUAAGCUACAAAGCUUGCUUACACCCCAGCCUCCUCUCCUGAAAGCACUGUACACCUAUGAGUCAAAAAUGGCAUUCCUAACGAAAGUGGCCAAAAUACAGCAGGGAGCACUGGAGUUGCUAAGAUCUGGUGUGAUUGUGAGGCUUGCACAGUGUCGAGUGUAUGAUAUGCGACCCGAAACAGAUCAGCAGGGAAUAUUUGGAAUGAGAGAAUCUCCAGUCUUCUAUCCUGCCCCUGUAGAGCGUUAUCGCCAGAUUCUUCUGCCGGCUCUGCAGCUGUGCCAGGUGAUUCUCACAUCUAGUGUGACACAGCACAUGCAAGCUGCAGGACAGGUGUUACAGUUUCUGAUAUCCCAUUCAGACACAAUCCAGGCAAUUUUGCGGUGUCAGGAAGUUAGUGCAGGAUCCUUUCAAGAACUGGCCUUAUUGACUGGAAUAAUCAGCAAAGCUGCUCUGCCUGGUGUGUUAGAUGACUUGGAUAUUGAUAUUAAUGAAGGGAUGCAGAUUGAAUUACAAGGACAUAUAGGACGGUUUCAGCGCCAGUGCUUGGGCCUUCUGACACGGUUUAGUGGCUCAGAUAGACUUCGUCAGUUUAAGUUACAAGAUGAUCAUGCAGAAGGAGACAGAGUGAAUAAGAGGGAUGAAAUGGAGCUGGCUAUGCAACAGAUUUGUGCCAAUGUGAUGCAGUACUGUCAGUCACUUAUGGUAAAGAAUGCCCCUGCUUUUGAGCACACCAUUUGCCUGUUCACUCCCAGCCUUUCUGAGUCCAUCAAUCGAGACGGACCUCGGCAAGACACACAGGCUCCAGCAAUCCAGUAUUGGCGUCUGCCUGGCCUGGGCAUAAUUGUCUAUCUAUUAAAACAGAGUGCUAAUGACUUCUUCAGUUACUAUGAUAGCCACCGUCAGAGUGUUAGCAAGCUGCAAAAUGUGGAGCAACUACCACCAGAUGAAAUAAAAGAGCUCUGCCAGUCGGUUUUGCUUGCUGGAGUAGACAAAAUUUCAACUGCCCAAAAAUAUAUUGUGGCAAGACGGCGUUUGGUGAAGCUAAUAAACAAUCGAGCCAAGUUGCUUUCACUGUGUUGCUAUAUUAUAGAAAUAUGCCUUUUUAUUCUUUGGCGACACCUGGAGCACUAUCUGCUGUAUUGCACCCCAGCUGAUUCCCAAGAUUCUCUUUUAGCCUCCAGAAUUCCAUCAAAGAGCAGAAAAAUACAAGAUUCCUUCAGUUCAGAUCCUAACUUGGAUUUUAGAAGUGGGUUGAGUAGAGUAAGCCAACAUGAUAUUGAUCAGCUUCAGAUUGAAGCCACCAACAGUUUUGGGGAAUCACUUCAGAAGAAACUCCUUGACAUCGAAGGCCUGUAUUCAAAGGUUCGGUCACGCUACACUUUCAUUCAAGCACUUGUUAGACGCAUCCGUGGUCUGCUAAGGAUAUCAAGGACGUAAAGAACUUCUUGUUUGUGCCACUGACAUUCAUAAGCAAAGAAUUGGGACCGCACCGGCAUUUUGUAGGAGUGACAUUUUCUAAAUUAUGGUUGUUAUUUUGUAAUAAUUUUGCAUUCGGUUUUGUGUUUUCUCCUAUUAACUAUGGAGGGGAAAAAUAAAGUUUUUUAAUGAUAGUAUUUCAGCACAAAAAUAAAACAAUUAUUACUGAAGUGGGAUAAACUUGCAACAACUUU